ACUAAGGCAUGCGUGAGUAUAGAGUAAAUGUAGACGUUAGAUCGUUUAACAGAAGAAUGACAUUCUUGUUUCGGGUAGAAACUGUCUAAUUCUGUUUAAAUGUUGUGGAAUAGGUGUUACAUGUCUGGCGUUUUGCACUGAUUCAAUUGAAAAUGUUUUACCUCGUGCGUGUCAGGUAGAUAAUGGUUCGUGAGUUCUGUUGAAUCGAGGGAUGAAGUUGCCUGUCUGGGACCAGAGCAAGUGUGAGGCAGCCUUGUUGGUGCUAUGGGCAUUUGCAGUGUGUGUGAGGGGUGGGUUUGUGGAGCCUCCCCCAUCCUUCUCCUUGAGGUCACUGACGGAGGUUGAGACACGGCUGCCCUGCCAGUUCCAGGUUGAGGGGAAUGAGCAGGUAAUUCAGGUCACCUGGAUCAAGGAGCUACCUGACGGCACUAAGGAUCAAAUCAUCACUGCCCACUACACAGCUGGACACACCGAGUUUGGGCGGUACUCGGGAAGAGUUCGGUUUGAGAGCAGUAGCCCCACGGUGAACUCUGCCUUGCUCAUCCUGACCACUGAGGAGUCCGAUGAAGGGAAGUAUGCCUGUCAGAUCAGCACAUUCCCCAAUGGGAACUUUGAGAGGCAGCUGUCACUCACUGUGUGGACCUUACCCAUCUCCUCUCUGGACCCAGUGGUUCUUGAGGAGGGCCAGUCCUUUCGCGUCGCCGCCUCCUGCCGCUCCGUGGGCCGCCCUCCACCCCUCCUGACCUGGGACACAGACCUUCCUGGCCAGGUCCAGAACCGCAGCUCGGAUGGCGGGGUGGUGUCCACCUAUUUUUCCCUGCACCCCCUGAGGAGUAUGAAUGGCAUGCGGCUGGACUGCCUGGUCUGGCACCCUGCUCUGGUUCAACCUCGCAGAAUCGGUAAUCGGCUGGAGGUGCAAUUUCCUCCAGAUGCAGCCGUCACUGGCUAUGACGGGAAAUGGUACAUGGGACUAAAGGGAGCUGAACUCAAGUGUGAGACUAGCGGAAACCCCAAACCACAGAGCUUCAUCUGGACCAGGGAUGGUAAACCGCUUCCGGGUGGCCUGACAGUGGACGGACCAAGGCUUGUGUUUGGCCGAGCCCUCAGACAAAAUGACUCUGGAGUUUAUGCAUGUGUGGCUGAUAACGGGAUUGGGAAAGUAGAAAAUAAUAUCAAAGUGACAGUGACGUCUCGCAGUGUGCAGACAGCUGCCGUAGACCCCCUGGUAAUGAUCAUCAUAGGUGUGGCAGCUGGGGUGCUGGUCAUCGUCAUGGUCAUCAUCAUAAUUUUAGUCAACCAAUACCACAGGCGCAAAAACAGGAAACUAGAGAUGGAGCUUAGCGAGAGGACGUUAGAAAUCAACAGUCUAUCCAGACAGAACUCCUCCAGGAGACUUAACUCUAUCGGCACAGACCCAAGGGGACAGAAUGAAGAUUGUACACUAUCAAGAUUAGACAGUAGAAUGAAAAACAGCCUAAUGUCCCUCGAAGACCGUCCUAUUUACCACGGCAGUCAGUCCACCCUCGGAGGGCGGCGGGGCACCACCGGGGCUGGUGAGGUGGACUACCUAGGUCGCCCUGUCCUGUACCAGUCCAGCUGGCAUGAGAGCAGACCGAGUAUGAGACGGGCUGAGAUGGAAGGAGAAGGGGAAGAGCACAGGGUGGAGUCGUACUUGAAGAGCAGCAACAUGUCCUUGGACUCUGGCCUCCCUUCCUCCCUAGUCCCCAUGAAGCCCCACGACAAGGACGGCAGCGUGGGGCCCACCGACAUCCCCCUGAUGCUCAGCACCCUGGGGGGCCUGAGGGAAGGGGUGACCGAAGGGGAAGAUUGGGGACGGGGACAGGCCAUAUUGGGGAUGGACGAGGCUGACUCUGACUGCAGUUCUUACCAGAUCUCAGAAGCGCUUGCCAACCACUUCCACUACAGCAACGGGGUCCUACGGCCCAAACUACACUCCAAUGCCAUUCUGCUACACCCCAGGGGACAGAUCAUCUAGACCGGUGUGAAAGGGUUUAGUUGAAACAGGAACUGCCCUCAGCAACUCCAUCCUAGCCCGGUGGUCAUGCAGGCCUGAACUUGGAUAACAUGGACAGCAUUGAGAUUUGUAAAUAUCAUGCUCCCUUUUUAACAUCCCCAUUGCCUUCUUGUAUUCCCCACUAUCCAAACAGGUCAGUCUAAUAAGAGGUUGGACAAAAUAUUUUCAACUCAAUCUAAUCUAAGCAUCAGUUUAGCCCAAUAUCUGACCGCUGUUGCUAUAUUUCAAUAAUUACUCAAAGUGGAAGGGCAUUCCAUACUGACUGUUUGAGAACUCUGAGCUGUAAUUUAAUCCGACACGCUAUGAAAUUCCUAAAUAUACUAUGCCCCUGAGAUAUUUUCAUGUGUAUUUCUAUUAAAAAGCUAAGAAUUCUUGUUUAUUCAUAAAAA